AUGUCAUUGCAACAUUUAAGUAAUGAAACUUAUGAUGUUGACCUUUUUCAAGUUGCUUUUUUUGAUGAGUUUGUUGAACGCAAGCAUAUAAUACCACCAUCACCACCCAUUUUGUCAGAAGUAUAUGGUGCAACUGUUGGAGCUUUAGUGGCAAUGCUUAUACCAAUUGCAUUUGUCAAUUUUAUUACAUUAUUAGGAUUUGGAUCAAGUGGAAUAGUCGCAGGGUCUUUUGGAUCCUGGUUCAUGUCACUUUAUGGUGGCACGGUCAGAGCUCGUAGUAUCUCGGCAGCUGGAGCAAUAUUUGGAGUACAAAUUGCAAAACACUUUGAAAACGAAGACAACAAAUUGACAGAAACAAAACUAGUAUUAUUAAAUGAAUUUCUGGAAAUUGAAAGAAAUAAUUUAAUCAAUGGAUUAUCAAUUACUAUUAAUCAAAAGCUUUUAACCAAUAAGGAAUUUAUAGAUACAUUCCUACAAGUAUUUUCAAUUUGUAUUAUAUUUACUAGAUCAAAAAAUUAUCAAUUUUUGAUUGAUAAUAAAGAUUAUGAAUAUUUUCUUGGAAGAUAUCUAUCAGUAAUGUUGAUUAUAGGUUAUGAUCAAUCAAGAAUUACAAAGUUUCAAAAUGAGGAAAAAAUUGGCUUUAAUAUAGAUUUAUCAACCCAUGAAUUCAUACUUAGUGAAACAAAUAAUGAAACUGGUGAUUGGGAUAUGUUGGAAGCGUUAAUAGAAGAACAUAACAAACCUAAUAAUUUAUCACCUUUUGGAUUAAGCAAUUUUACGGAAAAUGAUACUGACGAAACUAUGGAAAGUAAUACUGAUGAAACUAUGGGAAAUAAUGCUGACAAAUUAGCUGAAAACAAUAACGAAGCAAUAUAUGAAGAGUUAGGGUUAUUAGUAUUAGGGUUCUUAAUUGGAUAUUAUUCGUAUGCAUUAGAAAUGUUUACUGAAGGUUACAAAUUAAAAGCAAUUAAAUUUG